AUGAGCAGUGCCCAUAAUACAAAAAAGAGGGAAAAAAACGACACCUACAGUGAACGGAAUACACGCGAAGAUGGCAAAUUUUCUCACCACAUGGAUCAUCAAGGAGGGGAAGAGGAUGACGUAAGCGAUGGGGACAACGAAGACGAUACAGAUUUGGCUGAUGGGGAACAAUUGAACGAAAAAAAAAAUUACGUAACGGAAAAAAUUCCAUUUCGAACUCUUUCCUUGAAGCUGCCGAACCCACCCAUUUUUAAAAGCACAACAGAAAGCAACAUCAUACCACAGGUAUCCAUUUUCGAGCUGUUGACAAAAUUUGAUGGAGAAACGGAGUCCUUCUUAAAUGAAAAAUCGGAGCCAAGCACUUUAAUCAUUUCCAAGUUGCCCAAAUAUUUAGUCUUUACCAUUAAGAGGUUUUCCAAAAACAAUUUUUUUGUUGAAAAAAAUGGAACCAUUGUUAAUUUUGUCAUAAAAAACUUAGACAUGAGAGAUUAUAUACAUGAAGAUUAUCUGGAGAAAAAUCCUGUGACCAAGUACAACUUAAUUGCUAACAUUUUUCACAGCGGCUCUGUUAGCAGUGGCACUUACAAAAUUCAUGUCCUCAACCAGGCGUCGAAUGAGUGGUAUGAGAUGGAGGACCUGCACGUGAUUACCGUUUUGCCCCAGCUGGUUCUCCUACCCGAGUCCUGUGUGCAGUUGUAUCAGCGCCAGGACGUGCAGCUCAACGGGGAGGUCCCCUGA